AUGUUUAGGGGCCGCAGCGCCUGGUUCUCGCAGAGCGUCCCCCCAGGGAUUCGCCGCCUUUGGGUUGGUGAAGGAGGGGUGAUUGUGAAUUUGGAAGCUGCCGAUUAUCUCUUCAGCAGCAAUGCUUCUCACCCGGAUACAAAAAGAAUAUACCAAAGUUUAGACUAUCUGGAGGACCGAGUCACGGUUUUUCAUUCCUGCUUUCUUACUGCGAAUAUCAAGGCCAAAACAAAAAACACAGUAGCUCUAGGACAUUUCGUUCUCCUACCAGCCAGCUUGCAACAAGAAAUUAGAAAAAAAAUUGGCCACUUUAUAUGGGAACAGAUAACCAGUCCAGUCCAGGACUUACACUACAGUCCACUUACACUCCAGUCUGGUCCAACUCCUGAGUCAAAAAACAUCAAGAAGCAAGAACAGUUAAGAGACAAGAAAGAACUGGAGAAAUGCCAAGGUCCAAGGACAUCUGAAACAGGAAAGCUAACAUACAUUCCUCUUCAAGAUUAUCCAUCAAGUAACAUGGUGACAGGUUAUACCUCUGGGAAAGUGUUGAAGAAAUUUCUCGGGGAGAUACGAGAUUUCAUUCCUGGUUGUUCUGGUUAUUUAGCAUACUGGAUUCCAAACGAAGCCAAUGUUUUCUCUGAUGUGAAGAUGAAAUUAAAGAGGAAGUCAUGAAUAACUUUGGAUCCUUAUGAAGAACAAAGUUUGUUUCUCAAUUAACUUCCCUGCAGUUUUUAUUCCUUCUUCUUUUUUUACAGUAGAGUUUGGAACGUUAUUCUUGCAAAAGCUGUUAAGCGCAAAUGUUGUGAAGUUUCACACUGCUGUUUGUGUGGAUGAUUCAAUCCGACCAAUUUAGGGCGUAUCCUGUUCUUAGAAUUCCAGUUAUUAAAAUGUUGCACUGUUUAAUGAAAUC